AUGUUCCGAGUGCAGAAAGUUUUGCUCGCCGAAUACGAGGAGAUCUACGAACCGGUGCUGGUGGAGAAUCCCUUCACCCUGGUGGACAUCCGAGGAGUGGGCCUGCGGCAGUACCAGAUAGGCCUGACCUGCAAUCGGCUGCUCUUCGGCUGUGAUAACUUCGCGAAGUACGGCGAUGAGCCCACCUUCCUGGCCCGCGGUUUGGAUCCUGAGAUCGAGAGCUUCGAGCUGGUCAGCAUGAUGCCGCUGCAGUUGAUCCGGUUCCACUUCUUCCGCAAGUCCACGCGUUGCCUCAUGAUGCUGAACAUUGUCCAGCCGCUGGGUGAACCUCUGGCCCUUUUGGAGCACCCGAUGAUCUUUGAGUUCGGGGGCCACAUCUUCAAGCAGCACUUCUGGCACACCUGGCGGGAGCGAGUGGCCAGCAUCCGGGUGAUGCAACCCAUCUAUGGCCAGAUAACCGGCGCCUCGCCCUUCUCCAGCACCGAUGUCCAGCUGGACGAGGAGGUGGUUGUGGCCCAGGUGCAUCCUGUGCCCAGGACUCCCUCGCUCUACAGUGCCUGCCAUGCGGGGGCCGGGGACUUCGGCUAG